UGGCGGUAAUUUCAUGAACAUCUUGUAAUACGUCCAGACCCUAAUAAUUUAUUCUUACCGCCACUCUUUUAGUUUAGGAGAAUUGUCCAUAUGUCUCCAGGCGAGAUGUCUUCCCUUUCGUCCAUUCUGAUUCUUGCGCUCUUUACACAACAUACCGCUAGUUUACAAGUUACACCAAAUUCUCCUUGCGCUUCGUUGUGCGUAGACUCUACCAGCCUAGAUCUGUCUGAUCCAAAUUCGUCCACGACGAAUAAUUCCGACAUCACAUGUUACGAUUCCGAAUAUUCUAGCUCAUCUGCGGGCCAGAAAUACCAAAGCUGUAUGAGUUGCCUUCAAGAUAGCACCUUUGCUCAAGGGAGUGAGAGCGACCAGCUUUGGUUUUUAUAUAACCUCAGAUAUACGUUUGAUUAUUGCAUAUUAGGAUUCCCCAAUGCCACGAAUGUGCCGUCGACUCCCUGCUCAACGUCCACUGCCUGUGGUGGAUUAGAUGAGGCCUUCACGGAUGACAAGCUCAACCCAAAUACGCCUGACUAUUCUUACUGUAGUGCGGAUGGUUCUGGCAUGACUGAUGAUGUGGUGUCCGAGUGCAUGUCCUGUGUAGGCGCCUUGGACGGCCAGAACUAUUUGGCAAACUUUCUCAUCGCUUUGGAUGCAGGUUGCAAACAGCAACCUUCGAUAGGAACACUUAUAGGAUUGAAUGACACUGUAUUCUCCGAGACUAGAAUCAGUGCUGUUGAUCCAGCCGUUGAGAAAUCUACUGGCAACAGAGGGCCUGCCCUAACUACAACUCAAAUAGCUGGAAUUGCUGUCGGCGCCGUUGUCAUCGUCUUAGCAAUAUCUGGCUUUCUAUUUGUACAUUUCCGUAAGCGGAAAAACCGCCGUCUUCUACUCGGAGGUGUCAGAGCCUCAGUGGUAGGACAAAAGAAGAGCCGCCAUCGUCCUGACUCAUCACUCUCAUUCCGAUGUCAAACGCACCUGACACCUAGAUCGCCAGCAUUCUUUCCAAACCCAUCCAACGAUACUAUCGAAGAGGAGAAACCUUACGCAGGUCCAUUCUCCGCCCUUGGUUCCCACCCCAUUUCCCCGAAGUCGCCAAGGCAACCCGCCUGGCGAUCUCAGACUGGCGAUUUAAGUCUCAAUUCUUAUUCUCGACCGGGCACCAAAGCCUUACCAUUACACAACAUCGCCACCGCAAUACCAACUAUACCAGGAAACGUGCACUACUCUACUUCGCCGAAGGCUGCGUUCUUCUCGCCUACUGAUGAGCCGACCAGCACCACUAGCACCAACAGCACAGCGCAGCUUCUACCCCUGAGGCAAUACAACCCGGCCGAGUACGGAAUUUCCUCUCCACAAGUGGGCGACACUCCCGACGGCAUGUUUAGCAGUCCUACAUCCGGGUCCACUUCCAGUCCCCUGCUAAGCCGCGCGUGGGAGCAGAGGGCUCCGACGUGGGACUUACCGCCUCGCAGUUCUAGCAAGCCGGCAGGUAUUGGAGCUUGGGAAAGGGUGGCAGCUGGGGUCGUGGCGAAAAAUAGGAGGACUAGUAAUUCGGGGAGCCCCGUCGAGACCAAGCAGAUUAAUUUCAAUUUUCCGCCCCCGCCUGCUCGGCGAUGAUUCGCAUGUACAUAGCAUGUAUAGUAUACUUUUGUAUUUGAAAGCCAUGAUUAAUUAAUAUUACCAUUGAGCUUAGUGGGCGGAGUUCGUCCAGUGACAAUUUCCAUGACGACUCAUAGAUA